AUGUGCCCGGUUGACCUGCAUGCAGUUCCCCGUAAAGAUCAUUCGGGAAGGGUGCAACGUGCUGGUGGGGAGACGGCGACGGCGCGAGCGCGAGACGAGCCAAGGGGUGCAUGUGUCGGGCGGCGGCGGGGGUGGGGCGGGGCGGGGCGCGGGGCUCCGGAGGCUGCGCGGAGGACCCGCGGCCGGCGCGCGCCGCCAGUUCAGUUCACCAGCCGACUGGACCGCCGGCGGCUGCGGGCCGCCUCAGCGAUGUUCCAUUGCAUCGUGCAACCACGACAUGACUGGGGAACUUCCGACCUCGCCAAUGCACACCCCGACAUCCGGCUGCAGCUGUCGGAGCAGACGCGCGUGCUGGAGGCGCGCGCGGAGGCGGCGGCGGGCGUGGCGGGCGAGCUGCACGACUACUGCCGCCGCCGCGCCGACCUCGAGCACGACUACUCGCGCGCGCUCGACAAGCUGGCGCGGGCGGCGCUGCAGCGGCACAAGGACCAGAGGCACAAGCGGGAGCAGUGGCCGCUGACGGGCGCCUUCACGUGCUGGCAGGCGGCGCUGGACAACACGCGCGCCCUGUCGCGCGACCACGCCGCGCUGGCCGAGCUGUACGGCGGGCCGCUCGCCGCGCGCCUGCAGCGAGCCGCCGACGACGCGCUGCGGCUGCACCGCAAGUGUCGCGACAUCGUGGCCGAGCGGCACGAGGAGCUGGGCGCCGCGCUGGCGGAGGCGGGCGCCGCGGGCAAGGCGCACGCCGCCGCCGCCGCCGACUGGCGCGCCGCCGCCGCCAAGCUGCGCGCGGCGCACGACCAGCGCGCGCGCCUCGCCGCCGCACACACGCCGCGCACCAAGAAGCUCAAGGCGCUCGACAAGGAGCUCGACAAGCGACGAGCUCGACACAGCGAAGCUCGGGCCCGCGCGCUCAAGACGCGAGCGGAUUACAUUCUCAGUCUAGAGGCGGCGAACGCGACGCUCCAGAGGUACUAUCUGGACGACAUAACGGAGAUAAUGCUGUGCUCGGAGGUGGGGUUCGAGGCGGUGGUGGGGCGCGCGGUGCGGGCGGCGGCGGCGGGGGAGGGGGCGCGCGCGCGGGCGGCGGGCGCGGCGGCGGGCGCGCUGCUGGCGGCGGCGGACGCGCUGGACGCGCUGGCCGACCGCCGCCGCGUGCUGGACGCGCACGCCGCCGCGUUCGCGCCGCCCCGCCCGCUGCCCUACCAGGGCGCGCCGCCCGCCCAGGAGGACGCCGAGCUGCGCGAACUGCUGGGCGGCGCCGACCGCGGGCCCGACCCGGCCGCCGCCGCCGCGCACGAGGAGCUCGCGCAGCGCCUCCGCCAGCUGGAGGAGGGCGCGCGGCGGCUGCGCGCCGAGUGCCGCGAGAGCGCCAAGACGCUGGACGCGGCCGAGGCCGAGCUGGUGCGGCAGAUGGAGGGCGGGGACGCCGCCUGGGAGGCCGCCGCCGACGAGCCGGAGGCGCCGCGCCGCGACCAGGAGGACUACUACCUGCACAAGUUCCGCGCCUACGUGGCCAGCGCCGGCCGCCUGGCGCGGCUCGAGAGCAAGGCGGCGGCGGCGCGCGCGCGGCUGCUGCCGGCCGGCGCCGCGCCCCCCGCGCCCCCCGCACCCCCCGCCGACGCGCCCCGCCGCGCCGCGCGCCCCCGCCGCGGCCAGUUCGCGGCGCCGCUCGACCUGCGGCUGCCGCUCGUGCUCACCUCCUGCGUGCGCGUCAUCGCUACCUACGGGCUGCACCACCAGGGCAUCUUCCGCGUGUCGGGCUCGCAGGUGGAGAUGCAGGCGCUGCGGGCCGCCUUCGAGCGCGGCGAGGACCCGCUGGCGCACGUGCGGGACGCGUCCGACAUCAACUCGGUGUGCGGGUUGCUGAAGCUGUACCUGCGCGAGGUGCGGCCGCCGCUGCUGUCGCCGCAGCUGCAGGAGCCCCUGCUGCGCGUGGCGGCGCUGCAGUCGGACGCGGAGUUCGUGCGGCGACUGCGCGAGACGCUGGAGACGCUGCCGCAGCCCGCGCUGCUGGUGCUGCGCUACCUGUUCGCGUUCCUGGCGCACCUGGCGGAGCACAGCCACCGCAACAUGAUGGACGCGUGGAACCUGGCCAUCUGCCUCGGGCCCACGCUGCUGGCCGCGUGGGGCGAGGGCGGCGCGCAGGUGGCGGCGCAGAACCUCGUCAACGAGCUCGUCAAGCGCACCAUCCUGCACCACGAGCAGGUGUUCCCGCAGGACGUGGCGCCGCACGCGCUCUACUCGCCGCCCGCCCCCUCGCCCCCCGCCUCCCGCCCCGCCACCCCCUCCACCCCCGCCACCCCCGCCGCCCCCACCACCCCCGCCGCCCCCGCCGCCGCCGCCGAGUCAGCAGACCAGGUCGACCUCUCGCUCUACGACGACGACGACGACGAAACGUGUAAAGCCGAACAACAGUUAUUUAAAAGGGCAACACGCAAGUUUAAAUCACGUUCUUCUCGUAACGAUGUUUUCCGUUCUCAAUUUGCAGAUGAAACUAGUGAAGACGGCGAGAGUGGGGAGUGGUGCGAGCCCAACGGCACGGACCACUACAGAGCGGGCAGUGUGGAGCGACAGCAGCCGUCGGUCUCCUCGCAGGUUGCGAGUCCGGAGGCGGUUGCGGCGGAGGAGCAGGAGGAGGAGUCGGAGGAGGAGGAAGAGGACGAGGAUGAGGAGGAGCAGCAGCAGCAGGAGGAGGAGGGCGGCGCGCGGGACGCCGCACCCGACCUGGUGCUGGGGCUCCCGGCGCGGACCGCGGACACGGCCGACACCUUCCUACACAACACACACACGCUGAGGAAGAGGCACAGGUCCGCGGAGGCGAGGGAGGCCCCGGCCGCGGCGGAGGCGGCGGGCGGCGCGGGGGGCGGCGCGGAGGGCGGGCCGGGCAGCCCGGUGCCGGCCCGCAACACGAUGCGCGUGGCCGCCAAGUUCGCCGACCUCACGCUCACCGGCGGCUCCAAGCCCGCGCUGCUGCGCCGCCCCACGCCGCACCCCCACCGCCCCGCCGCCCCCGCCGCCGCCCCCGCCCCCGCCCCCGCCCCCGCCGCCGCCCUCGACGACUCCGUCUAGUCGCGCGCCGCCCCGACGACAGCUGCGUUGAAACUAUUUUUGUCGCGCGACUUGGUCCGCCGCCGACGGCUCCGGCGAACGAGUCGACGCGAUCCGAACCGACGCACGACACUUGUCCGUCGUUCGACUGUUCGAUCGAUCGACGCCGGCCCGGCGAGUGCCGCCCGAACUGAGAUUCUAUAUACAUAAUGAAUACUCUGUGGUUUUAUAUUCUAUAUACUGUAUAAAUACUAUUAUAGACGUGUUAUUUUUAUACGUGACGUAGUUCGCCGCGACGAGACGCAACAGCACAAUAAAUAAAAUAUAUAUAGACAUAUUGUAGCCGCGGCCCGCUACCGUCCCGCUACCGUCCCGCCGCUGGACUUGAAUCUCCCGGAACGAUUCGGUUCCCGACACCGUCGUACGAUUUUAGUAUAAAGUUUUUCUUUCUCGAUGUAUUUCCAUUAUAUUUCUAAAAUAUGAGCCUGUUCUGGCAUUAAUUUGAUCUGAUGACGUUGCAUUGCGUGGAUUCGCAUUACUUUAGGUAUAGUUUUAAAUAGUGUAACAAAUACAACAUGCGUAACAUUAAUUCAGAAUUC